CUUUUUGCUCUCUCUCAAAUUUUCAAAUACAAAAUAAUAAUAAUAAUAAUAACUUUAUUGAUUGUCUCUUGCAAGCAUCGUUUUCCAAUAAAAAGCCUCUUUUUCACAUCGCCGGCGAAAAAAUAAAAUAAAAUUUUAGCCGGAAUUAAAUCGUCUCUGUUUUUUUUCACCGAUCGAUGAAAAAUUUUAACAAACUCAUCCUUGUAGACAAUUGUUUAUGAUCGUUACGUGAAUUUGCUUUAGAAGUACUCUUCUUUUCGGGGUUGGAGAUAUUAUUAGAGAAAUUUCAAUAAUAAAUCAAUUGGAAUUGUUUUGAUUGAUCGAUCGGUCGAUGGACGAUUGCGCGAGCAGCGAUGAGGAUUAUUACUCUCCGUCCGAUCGAGACUCCCUCGACGGUCUUGAAAAUGAGGACUCCGAUUUGCAGGUGGCUACUUCCAAGGGUUCCACUGCCAAGGUUAUUACAAGAGAAUCACUUUUAGCUGCUCAGAGGGAGGAUUUACGGAGAGUAAUGGACAUGCUAUCUCUAAGGGAGCACCAUGCACGGACUUUACUAAUCCAUUAUCGAUGGGAUGCCGAGAGGUUACUUGCCAUCUUUGUGGAGAAGGGAAAAGCAGACUUGUUUGCCUCAGCAGGUGUUUCUGUUGUUGAGAGUGAGGAUACAGGAACCUCGGUGUCUUCUUCAUCCACAUCAGUGUGUGACAUAUGCAUAGAGGAGUUACCUGGUGAUAAGAUGACUAAAAUGGACUGUGGCCAUGCCUUUUGCAAUGACUGUUGGACAGAACAUUUUGUCGUGAAAAUAAAUGAGGGUCAAAGUAGGCGAAUUAGGUGCAUGGCACACAAAUGCAAUGCUAUUUGUGAUGAAGCUGUUGUUAGAAAUCUAGUCGGUAAAAGGCAUCCUGAUCUAGCAGAGAAAUUUGAUCGUUUUCUUCUUGAAUCAUACAUUGAAGAUAAUAGGAUGGUUAAGUGGUGCCCUAGUAUUCCUCAUUGUGGAAAUGCAAUACGCAUCGAAGAUGAUGAAUUUUGUGAGGUAGAGUGUUCUUGCGGUCUACAGUUUUGUUUCAGUUGCUUAUCAAAAGCACACUCGCCAUGUUCAUGUAUGAUGUGGGAACUUUGGACCAAGAAGUGUCGAGAUGAAUCAGAAACAGUCAAUUGGAUCACUGUUCAUACAAAGCCUUGUCCAAAGUGUCACAAGCCUGUGGAGAAGAAUGGUGGAUGUAAUCUUGUGAGCUGUAUCUGUGGACAAGCAUUUUGUUGGCUGUGUGGUGGUGCUACUGGCCGGGACCAUACUUGGUCAAGAAUUGCUGGUCACAGCUGUGGUCGCUACAAAGAAGACCGAGAGAAAAAGACUGAACGAGCAAAGCGAGAUCUCUAUCGAUACAUGCACUAUCACAACCGUUAUAAAGCUCAUACAGAUUCCUUUAAGCUUGAGAGUAAACUCAAGGAGACUGUACUAGAGAAGGUAUCGAUUUCAGAAGAGAGGGAAUCAAGGCUUAGAGAUUUCAGCUGGGUAACUAAUGGACUCUGUAGACUUUUCAGAUCAAGGCGGGUUCUUUCAUAUUCAUACCCAUUUGCAUUUUAUAUGUUUGGAGAAGAAUUGUUCAAGGAUGAGAUGACAAAUGAGGAAAGGGAGAUGAAACAGCAUCUAUUUGAGGAUCAGCAACAGCAACUUGAGGCAAAUGUUGAGAAACUCUCUAAGUUUUUGGAAGAGCCGUUUGAUCAAUAUCCUGAUGAUAAAGUUAUGGAGAUACGAAUGCAAGUAAUCAAUCUUUCUGUGAUCACCGAUAACCUUUGCAAUAAAAUGUAUGAAUGCAUUGAGAAUGAUUUAUUGGGUUCUCUCCAACGUAAUACCCAUAAUAUAGCCCCGUACAAAUCUAAGGGCAUUGAGAAGGCAUCAGAGCUUGCUGUCUGUUGGAACAGUAAAUCCAGUACAACUACUGAUAAAUGUCUUCUCUUUGAUUGUGGCACUAGUGGUAAACGUGAUCGACCUUUCAGCUUUGGGAGUUCAGAUGACAGUGGUUGCCCAUCACCCCAGAAGCGACCUAAACAGGAGAGUUUUGGAGUGUCCAAACUCAUUCAAUUCUUAGAUAUGAAUCCCACGACAAUCACCAACUCAGCUUCAAGAGCUACUACCAUGCUUUUCUCUAAUGCUGGCAUCAACAUGCUUGAUGGAAACUUUGUCUCCAAAAUUUGUUUGAAUCAAAACUAUGGGUCCAAACUCAUGCAUCAUCAAUCCCUGGAGUUGUCAUGGCUCAAGAGGAAUGGAUCAUGGAUGGAUCUUGUUUGGAAAACUCCAAAAUCAAUCAGAAGCGUGAAGAGAGAUGGGGAAUUCAAAGUGAGGGCAUUUACUGAAGAACAAGAAGCUUUGGUUGUCAAAUCAUGGAAUUCAAUGAAGAAAAAUGCUGGUGAACUUGGUCUUAAAUUCUUCUUGAGGAUUUUUGAGAUUGCCCCUUCUGCUAAGAAGCUGUUCACAUUUUUGAGGGAUUCAGAUAUCCCUCUAGAGCAAAACCCAAAACUGAAACCCCAUGCCAUGACUGUCUUUGUUAUGACCUGUGAAUCAGCCAUCCAACUUCGAAAGACAGGAAAAGUUAUAGUGAGAGAAUCAAGUCUGAAAGAUUUAGGUGCCACCCAUUUCAAGUAUGGUGUUGUUGAUGAACAUUUUGAGGUCACAAAAUUUGCAUUGUUGGAGACAAUAAAGGAAGCAGUACCAGAAAUGUGGUCUCCAGAAGUGAAGAAUGCUUGGGGAGAAGCCUAUGAUCAGCUGGCUGCUGCUAUUAAAAGCGAAAUGAAUCCUCCUUAAGUUCCUCCUAUAGGAGAGACACUUUGAGAGAUAUUUUUUUUUGAAAAUGUCUUGUACUCUUGUUCUUGAAUUCAAAUAAAAUUUUGUAUGAUAUUGUUCUAGUUCUAUGCAUCUUUUCUCCAAAUAGAUUACUUUUACUACCUGGCUGUCUCUUUGAAAUCAAUUUCCUGUAGCUUUUUAUGACUUGGUUUGUGGUUUGCUACUCUCUGAAAUUCUUAAGGCAAAUUGUUCAGAGACAUUAACAAAGCGGCUGCAUUCUGUUCUCUGAAAGUCAUAAGUCCUUUGGUACUUGAUGUUCUUU